GCCGGGGCGGGGGCGGAGGCGCUGAGCCCGCCCCGCGCUCCGACCCGCCCUGCGCCCGCCUCCCCUCCCCCGGCCCAGCCCGGAGCCGCGCAGCCGGGGCCCGGCGGGGGAGCUCCGAGCUCCAUGGGCAACACCGUCACCUGCUGCGUAUCCCCGGACGCCAGCCCCAAGCUCAGCCGGGCUCGCGGCGGUGGCGGAGGGGCAGCGCCGGGGCCCGAUCGCUGGGCGGACGCGUACCAGGCGGCGGCAGCGGGCGGCGGCGGCGGCGGCGGCGGCUUGGGGUCGGCGGAGGCCGAGUCGGGGGACUCGGAUCCCGGCGGCGGCGGCGGCCCCCACCUCCAGCACAUCAGCGACCGGGAGUUCCCGGAUGAUUUAGCCUUGGAAUCUAAUCCAUCUGAUCAUCCCAGAGCAAGCACAAUUUUCCUGAGCAAGUCACAAACAGAUGUGCGAGAGAAAAGGAAGAGUAACCAUAUAAAUCAUGUUUCUCCUGGGCAGCUUACAAAAAAAUACAGUUCAUGCUCAACAAUAUUUAUAGAUGACAGCACCGUCAGCCAGCCUAACCUUAGAAGCACAAUAAAGUGUGUAACAUUAGCAAUAUUCUACCAUAUAAAGAACAGAGAUUCAGACAGAUCAUUGGAUAUUUUUGAUGAAAAAUCUCACCCUCUCACACGGGAGGAGGUCCCAGAUGACUACUACAAGCACGACCCUGACCACAAGCACAUCUACCGUUUUGUCCGGACGCUCUUCAGCGCGGCGCAGCUGACAGCAGAAUGUGCAAUAGUCACACUGGUUUAUUUGGAAAGGCUUUUAACCUAUGCAGAGAUUGACAUAUGCCCUAGUAACUGGAAGAGGAUAGUGCUAGGAGCUAUUCUGCUGGCUUCUAAAGUCUGGGAUGAUCAAGCUGUGUGGAAUGUGGAUUAUUGCCAAAUACUGAAGGACAUUACUGUUGAGGACAUGAACGAGAUGGAAAGACACUUCUUGGAGCUACUGCAGUUUAAUAUCAAUGUUCCUGCCAGUGUUUACGCCAAAUACUACUUUGAUCUUCGCUCCCUAGCAGAUGACAAUAACCUGAGCUUUCUGCUGGAGCCUCUCAGUAAAGAGAGAGCACAGAAGCUGGAGGCAAUCUCCCGGCUGUGUGAAGACAAAUACAAAGACUUGUCCAAAGCUGCUAUGAGACGAUCUUUCAGUGCUGAUAACUUGGUUGGUAUCCGCCGUUCUAAUGCCAUCCUCUCGUGAGGAGAGAGCGAGGAGCAGCACAGGAGCAGCACGCCAGGAGCCGCAGGAAUCACCACUCCACGCACGCCAGCCAGCCCGGACGGCGGCUUCAGCAACGGGAGGCGAGAGGGAGCCAGCCAAGGGAGCCCAGCGCUUGAGGAACACACUUGGUGCAAAAGACAAGCCCUUUGUCAAAUCAACUCUCUCCUCCUUCUGAUGUAUCCAGAGGUGCAAAAACAAACUUAUCUCCUUCUCUCCCCCACAGACGUUUGCUUACUAUGUAGGCCUAUAGCUGUGAACUCUUGAGGUUUUUAAUAAUAAGUAGUUUUAAAUUUUAGAAUUUAAACACUAACCACAUGACUAUAGUUACAAUGUUCUUCCCUCCUCUCCCCUGUCAUCCAGAGUCUUCGCUGCAUUUGUAUUUCAGGUCAAUGCAGUGUUAACAAAAACAACACACGGGACUCUUAAAGUAUAAAGCCGCUCUGGAGCUGAAAACAGUAGCAUAGACACGUGUUGAUGGCUUUUCCCUGGUUUGGCUACUAAAAGCUGCUAUUAUUGGUGAUGUGUUCAUACCAAGAAGCUGCCCAGCAGGAAGGAAUUCCAUCUCUGCACCCACAACUUCACUCCAGUAAAGAUUGUCAAAAGACUUUGAAUGUUUUGACUGGGGGCAGAGAUACGGUUUUAUGUAUUGUUAAAAUGUAUAGGGUCCAUGCUGCAUUUCUUGUGAAUUAUGGUGCUUCUCUUAUUUUCUAAUACUUAUAUUGCUCUGGAA